GGACCCAGGGAAAGCGCCUGCAGUGGUAGAGGGGGAGCCUACCUGAGUCGGGGAUUUGCUGCCAUCUGAGUUUGUUCUGGGACUCGGAUUGCUGUUUUUAAUUAAGUGAUUUUUUUUUUGUUUGUUUUCACCAAAACUUUUCCGUCCUGCUGCACCGAGCCUACAGAGCGCAGGGAGAGAGAGGAGGUGGCAUGGAAAGGAAGGCGUUGCUGACAGCCCUUUGCCUCUGGCUGCACUGGGUGGCUGCUCUCCGCGCAGCUCCGGACGCGACCCAAGCCACCGCUUCCACAGAAGCAGAGAAGAACUUUGAGGGAAUCGAGAGCAAAUUUUCCUUACGGACACCUGCUGAGCCUGAUGAGGAUGUCUGCUACCUGGUUCCUGGUCAGGAAGACACCUUGGCACGCUGCAACUUCAACCAUACCAGUAAAACCUUUGUGGUGAUCCAUGGGUGGACGGUGACAGGAAUGUAUGAAAGUUGGGUUCCGAAGCUGGUGGAUGCUCUGUACAGAAGAGAGCCUGACUCAAAUGUCAUUGUGGUCAACUGGCUAAUUCGAGCCCAGCAGCACUACCCAGUGUCUGCUACAUACACUAAGCUGGUGGGAAAGGAUGUUGCAAUGUUUAUUGACUGGAUGGAGGAACAAUUCAGUUACCCUCUCAACAAUGUCCACCUGUUGGGGUACAGUCUGGGUGCUCAUGCUGCUGGGAUUGCUGGGAGUCUGACCAAGAAGAAGGUGAACAGAAUUACUGGGUUGGAUCCUGCUGGGCCUACCUUUGAAUAUGCUGAUGCCCUCACCCGCCUCUCCCCGGAUGAUGCUGACUUUGUGGAUGUCCUACACACCUACACUCGAGGCUCUCCAGAUCGCAGCAUUGGGAUCCAGAAGCCUGUUGGACACAUUGAUAUUUACCCUAAUGGUGGAGGUUUCCAGCCAGGUUGCAACCUAGGAGAGGCUUUACGUCUGAUUGCAGAAAAAGGCUUUGCUGAUGUGGAUCAGCUAGUGAAAUGUUCUCAUGAACGAUCGAUUCACCUCUUCAUUGACUCCCUCCUCUAUGAAGAAAAGCCAAGCGUGGCCUACCGCUGCAACACAAAGGAAGCCUUUGAAAAGGGCCUCUGCCUGAGCUGCCGGAAGAAUCGUUGCAACAAUUUGGGGUAUAAGGUCAACAGAGUGAGAACCAAGAGAAACAGUAAAAUGUACUUGAAGACUCGUGCUCAGAUGCCCUAUAAAGUCUUUCAUUAUCAGGUCAAGAUCCAUUUCUUUGGAAAGAUAAAUAUGACCAAGACAAACCAGCCAUUCCUGAUCUCUUUGUAUGGCACUCUAGAUGAGAGCGAGAACAUUGCGUUUACACUCCCUGAAGUUUCCUCAAACAAGACCUUCUCCUUCUUGGUUUACACAGAGGUGGAUAUUGGUGACCUACUUAUGCUAAAGCUACAGUGGGAGAAAGACACUUUCUUCAGUUGGUCAGACUGGUGGACCCCUUUUACAUUUGACAUCCAGAGAGUCAGAGUGAAAUCAGGAGAAACUCAGAAAAAGGUGGUGUUUUGUUCUCAAGAUGGCAUCUCUCAUCUCAAUAAAGGACAAGAUGCAGCAAUAUUUGUGAAGUGCAUUGAGCAACCAGUCAACAGAAAGAAAAGAAGGUGCAAUGCCAAGAAAGCCUCUAAAGAAAAUUCAGCUCAUGAAUCUGCUCAGAAGUAACAAGAAUGAAAUUUUUUUUUUUUCCCACACUGGAGAGGAGGAGAGUCCAUUCAUCCCCAUGAACUCGGUCUUCAGACCCAAAUAUAUAGAAAUAUUUAUCAGCUGUGGCUUUUUUUUUUUUUUUUUUUGCCUGCUAUUCCUUGUUAUCCUAGGAGAAUUUUUGUAUGUAAGUCUCUGGGCUAUCUACAUUUCCAGAUACUUCAGUAACCAGAGCUCAUGGUCUUCAAGUGUGUGUUUAGCAAAUGAGUAGACUCUCUAUGCAAAGAACACCUUUGCUGUCUGUAAGGCUGUCACUCAAAGGUGCCAGGGACUGAAUUAAUAUGGAGGCAAAUUUCCUAGUUUAUGGUUAUGAAUACAUUUUUCUGGAGGUGGAUGCCAGUGCUGCUUAGCUUUAGAUAUGAUCUGUUAAAUUAUAUAUUAUACAGUUUAUCCUGCAAUAAAUUUCCAGUUGUAGAAGACAGCAAUACCAGUGUCCUAUGUAGAUGUUUUCUCUUUCAUCAGUGUUGUCAUCUCUCAACAAUAAAACCAUCUUACCUAUGACACUGUGCUGAGUUAGGACCUGCAAAAGAAUCAAGCUACCAGAAACUGCAAAACCACGCAGUUUUGCAUCCCUGAUGCAAAAACCAUGGCAAUUACUCUGUUCUUUGCCAUUGAAUAUCAGUCAUGCAGCUGAAUCAGGUCUUUAGUCUAUCUUAAUCAACUUGGCAGCUGACAAGCUGUGUUCAUGUUUCUCUUUACUGAUAUUCUGAUUUCCAGUCACUAACCUCUGUUUAUUGUUUGUCUCUGAUAUAGUGCUAGAUGCUAGGAGCUGCUCAGUUCUCUGACAUGAGGCAGAAUUCAGCAAGGAGCGGGAGCUGUGACAUUUAAAAGGAGCCUGAUUGCAUGAUUCGCAAAAAUGAAUGCUCUGAAAAACACUUGAAUUAGAUGUGCUGUGAGUAGUCAAAAAAAUAGCCGAAUUGAAGGCAUUGUACUUCUUUUGUUUAAAUGUGUAGCUUUUUAAGUGCUAUUGACAUUGGGUUUCAUAAUCUUUACCCACAUUGCAAGACAGGUUGAAGGUAGUGUUUCCUCCAAAAUCGUCUCAACUUUAAAAGAAAGUAAAUAUAUAUAUAUAUGCACACAUAUAUACAUAAUUUCUUUUUCAGCCAUGGCCAUUAGUACGUUUGAGGACAAAAGUUCUAAACAGUGCAAUAUGUUGGAUUCUUAACAACUCCAAAAUUGCUCACAUUUGAUUUUCUAAACCAGCAAAUACAGCGGAGAGAAAAUGAGUCACUGAGGUUGGGAUUAAGUAUUGACCCACUGCAUUUGAGCUCUCUAAAAAUAAAUAUAAUGAUUUGUUCCCUAUUGACAUUGCAUUUUCUUGCAAAUUUCUCCUGAAAGUUGAGUUUUUUGGAAAGGAAGUGUGUGUGAUCAACUCUGCUUUUAAUACAAACACAUACAGUACUUGGAUACCAAAGAGUGAAAGGUCUUAUGCAUGAGGACACAUGAUUUACCUUUGAAUGUUAUUUAUUAGCUGUAAAUAUCAUAUUUGUGUGUGUAAAAGUAGUUUGUAUAUAUUGAUCAAGUUAUCAAAACUCUCUACAUCUAUACAGUUGUGUGAUAUUAAUCCUGUGUAUAUAGCUUUUCAAGGGAAUUUUAGCAGUGAACCACUUAACCACAUGAGAAAUAAUGCAGUGUAAUGCAUGUUUUAAAAUAGAAAAACUCCUAAGUUUUGUAUGGAAUGGAAGCUUAUGGUUUUAUUAAAAUUUUCAAACUGA